UUGGUUCAAACCGACGUAAGUGCUAUGGCUCACCUGUCUGAUGAAAUGGCCGGGUCCUUUACUGAUGAGGUAGAGAGUUCUGAUUCUCUCAGUCCCUCUGGAGGACAGCAGUCCUGGCCCAGCUCCUCUGGGACAGAAUCGGAUGAUGGAAAACUGGCUGCAAGCUUGCAAGAACAAACCAAGCAAUCAGAGCUUUCUGAUUUCAAAAAUAACGAAAAGAAGUUGACUCAAAAAUGGAUCCACUAUCUCCAGGACAAAAAAACUAACUAUGAACAAAACCAACCAGAGACUAAACUUCAAACAGAAAUCAAUGGACUGUCCGACGAGGAACUGAAUGCCCUGCAGUCUUUCUGCACCACUAAGAUAAACUUGAUCCAUCAAAGAGUGGACUCUAAAAAGAAGAGCAACARACACAAAAAGCUGCAGUUUAGAUGCGAUCCAGAGCCUUCAGAAAUCAAUGCCUUAACAUGUACUGUUCCUGAUGAACUUUUAAACAGAAUGUAUUUUGAAAACGUGAGGACAACACUAAAACAGGUGGCAUCAGCAAAGCAACACAUUACUUCACAGUGU